CAACCGGAUCGCGGAGAAUCUGGCCGGAGAUUUUGCCUCACCGAGUUUCAUUUAUGACAAUUACUACCUUUACCGAGCGAGCACACUUUUAACAAGUGCCUCUUCGUUACGAGUGUUUUUCUCCACGCCCGUGGAAUAGGACCUAAAAACAUCUUCAACAUCAAUGCAAGGAGCAUGAAAUCUUAACGCCAAUUGUUGAACGAGUGAUUGCAGCUUUGCAUGUUGUGAAGCACGACCUUCGAGGUGCACCCUGGAGAAUUGCGUAUCGACUCAUUUUCGCGUCUCGUUUUAAACUGAAACGCUCGGUUGCAUCCUAGAUAUCAGAUACUUGAUCGGUUUUCCAUUAGUCUUGGAUUUUUUAUUUUUUUGCUGUGCAGAACCUACAGGGAAAUAAUUUACCGUCGCAUCCCUUUUCAUCUUCACUAUGAAUUACCUGCGACGUCGACUAUCGGACAGUAAUUUCAUGUCCAACUUGCCCAAUGGCUACAUGAGCGAUUUACAGCGGCCCGAUCCGCCGCAGCAGAGCCCAGCCCCGGUGCUCUCGCCGGGCUCUCAAGAGAUGCGUCAACCCCCCAGCCAGUCUACCGGCGCCGGCUUCUUUUCCUCCAUUUCCAACGCCGUCAAACAGACCACCGCCGCCGCCGCCGCUACCUUUAACGAGGCCACCGAGAGAGGAAUCGGCUCGAGCAACGCCAGGAUCCUCCUGGUCAUCGAUGACCAGCAGACAGACUGGGCAAAGGUGUUCAAAGGCAAGAAAGUUCAUGGUGAAUUUGACAUCAAAGUAGAACAGGCUGACUUCUCUGAGGUUAAUCUGGUGGCUCACGCAACGGGAAGCUACAGCGUGGACAUUGAGGCCAUCCGCAAUGGCAACAAAAUCACAAAGUGUUUCAAGCCAGAUUUUGUGCUGGUGCGACAGCAUGCUUUUAGUAUGGCCAAGAAUGGCGACCACAGAAACAUUGUGAUUGGACUUCAGUAUGCUGGUCUGCCCAGUGUCAAUUCCCUUCACUCAGUCUACAACUUCUGUGACAAACCAUGGAUGUUCGCUCAGUUGUCCAGAUUGUACAAGCAGUUGGGUCCAGAGGAGUUCCCACUGAUCGACCAGGUUUAUUACCCCAACCACAAGGAGAUGAUCACCACACCUGGCUUUCCUGUGGUAGUGAAGAUGGGUCAUGCUCACUCUGGUAUGGGAAAGGUCAAAGUGGACAAUCAAUAUGAUUUCCAAGACAUUGCUAGUGUUGUAGCUUUGACAAAGACGUAUGCCACAUCUGAGCCUUUUAUUGACGCCAAGUAUGACAUCCGAAUCCAGAAAAUCGGUGACAAUUACAAGGCCUACAUGAGGACAUCUAUAUCAGGCAACUGGAAGACCAACACUGGAUCAGCCAUGUUAGAGCAGGUGGCCAUGUCUGACAGGUAUCGUAUGUGGGUGGAUGUAUGCUCUGAGGUUUUCGGAGGUCUUGAUAUAUGCGCUAUAGAGGCAUUGCAUGGUAAAGACGGUCGAGAUUACAUCAUAGAGGUCGUGGGCUGCUCAAUGCCUCUCAUAGGAGACCAGCAGGAUGAGGACCGGGCUCUAAUAGCUGAUCUUGUUGUGGCUAAAAUGAACCAGACUGUGGCACGCACUUCAGCUCCCACUCCAGUCCGUUCUCAGGUCCCAGCUGUUUCACCUCAACCCAUUUCUCAGUCUAGAGUCCCCCAGGCACAACAGCGCCCUCCUCCACAGGGGCCUGUUCAACUGACAUCAUCAAAGAAGGAAUGGCAUUCCAGAAUUGUAGGAGGUCCACAACAAGCAGCUGCUAGCACUACUGCUGCCCGUCAAGGAGCCCCACCACAACAGCGUCCCUCUCCCCAGGGCCAGCCCCCUGCCCAAACCCAGUCUGUGACCAGUCCUAAUGCCCAGAACCCCCCUGCCCAACAAACCCGGCCCAAUCAUCCCCCACAGCGACAAGCCAGUCAAGGGGCCGCAGGUCAGCAGAGGCCCCCCACAGCACAGGGUCCCGCCCAGCGUGGCCCGGGUGGCUCUCCUCAGUCACCGAGGCCCCAGCAAGGUGGUCCGCAACAGCAGCCACAGAGGCCUCAAACUGGUGGCCAGGGUCCCAAACCAGCUGGCCAGCCUCAGCAGAGGCCUCAACAGCCAAGACAAGGCCAGCCAACCAGGCAGCCCACCCAGGGUGGGUCACAGCUGAGCCAGGACGCCCCUCAACCAGCCCCGCAACAGCAGGGCAGUCCCCGCCCUCCUACCACUCAGCAACCACGGCCUACGGCACAGGGCCAGGGAGGUCCAGGAGGUGCACGACCUCCCCUGCAGCAGAAACCCACACCUCCACAGAAACCAAGUCCUGAUCACCCGGCUCUGAGUGGAUCGCCGCAGCUUAACAAAUCCCAGUCUCUUACCAAUACAUUCAACAUUCCAGAAACGCCGGCCGCCCAGCACCAAAGUCCUAGUCAGGACGAAGCCAAGGCUGAGACCAUCCGCAACCUUCGGAAAUCCUUUGCAAGCCUCUUCUCCGUGGAAUAAACACACACACACACACACACACAGACAGAGAGGUUAUGGAGUCUCUAAAAAAACAUGCAAACACAGACACUCGUCAAUUAUACACAGAAAGGACCAAUUAUAUCACACAUUGCAGUGCACAUCAGAUCUGUGCACAUCAAUUCGCAAUGCGACAUUAAUAAAACACUGCCUGCACUGAUAAAGACUGCAAUAUGAAGUGAGAAAUCACAGCAUUACUGCAGUUAAAUCUUUUAACAUAGCUGAAUUCUUUAGACACAUUCCCAGUUUUUUGAGUCCAACUAAUGGAGGGAGGUGUGAAAAUAAAAUACCACACACAGAAACACUCGCACACACCCUUUUACACUACCUACACAGUGACUGGACCAACAUACACUUAGCACACGUGCUAAAUCUUGCCUAUUCAUUCCAGUCUCCUAUUAU